CCCCCCCCUCCUCCCCCUUCCACUUGCUACACACAACCACAAACAAUGUCGUCCGACAACAAGGAGCAGGUCACCCUCGUCACCUCUGACGAGGAGUCGUUCAAGGUCGAGAAGAAGGUCGCAGAGCGCUCUCAGCUCAUCAAGUCGAUGAUGGAGGACCUCCCCGGCCAGAGCGACGAGCCUAUCCCUCUCCCCAAUGUGUCCUCGGCCGUGCUCGUCAAGGUUCUCGAGUACUGCGACCACCACAAGAACGAGCCCCUGCCUGCUGCCGACGCCAACGAUGCCGACGAGUCGCGUCGCAAGGCCUCUGACAUUAGCGAAUGGGACGCAAAGUUCAUUCAGGUCGACCAGGAGAUGCUCUUUGAGAUCAUCCUCGCCGCCAACUAUCUCGACAUUAAGCCUCUUCUUGACGUUGGAUGCAAGACGGUCGCCAACAUGAUCAAGGGCAAGACGCCGGAGGAGAUUCGGAAGCUGUUCAACAUUGUCAACGACUUCACUCCGGAGGAAGAGGAGCAGAUUCGCAAGGAGAACGAGUGGGCCGAGGACCGCUAGACGUCGCGUGCUAUCUCGCUGCUCGCGGCAUGAUAGUAUCGUUUCGUUGUAAUCCAAUAUCAUAAGCUCAGUCUGCAAUGUAUAGGUCCGACGUAUCGAGGGGCAGAUGGAGCAUGCUCGACAGCAGGUAUGUUGGGCUGGACGCGUGUGAGGGGCUUGUGAGGCCAUGCAGGAAGAGGCCUGUGCGAUGAAGUGCGGAAUGGGUGGGUUUAGCAGCAGAAGCCACUGGCAUUUACUCCCAGCGGCGCUUGAUCCUACGCUUCUUAGUCGCAGGGCGCG